AUGCCGUACCGCAACGCGACCGAGCAGCACGAGUCGACCAAGCACCCCGAGCUGAAAGCGCUCAUCGAAAACAACCUCCGCUGGGCCGACCAUGUGAACAGGGUUGACCCGGAAUUCUUCCCGCGUCACUACCGCGGCCAGCGGCCCGAGAUCCUCUGGAUCGGAUGCUCCGACGCCCGCGUGCCCGAGACGACGAUCAUGGGCGCCAACCCGGGCGACAUUUUCGUGCACCGCGGUAUUGCCAACCUCUACACGCCGCAGGACGACUCGCUCAACGCCGUCAUGCUGAUCGCGCUCAUCAACUUCAAAGUCAAGCACAUUGUGGUUGCGGGCCACUCCAACUGCGUCGGCUGCCAGACCGCCCUCCGCGCGUCCAUGCUGCCGCCGACGCCCGAGACGCAGGCGAUCCAGCGCUACCUCCGCCCGCUGACGGCGCUCGCGCGCGCCAUGCGCACCGAGGACGGGCCGCCCAGCCUCGACCUGCUCGUCGAGGAGAACGUCGCGCAGCAGGUACGCAACGUCCUCGCGUCCGACGUCGUCGCCGCCGACUGGAAGCGCCGCGGCGCCGACGGCGUGCAUGUCCAUGGCUGGGUGUACCAGCUCGAGAAUGGAACCGUCCGCGACCUCGGUAUCUCACAAGGCCCGCCCGGCUCGGUGCCCGGCGUCCGCGCUGCCGACCUCUGGCGCUGAGCUCGACGCUGUGCCACAACGACGACAGAGCCUCUGGCCCCAACCCCUCAACCCCUCGACGACUCGACGACUCAACUUUUGGGCGCUGCACCGUGCCCCAACGCACAUGGCAGCAAGUGUACAUUGCGAUUAUUCAUAACUAUGCAAAACCCUCAGUGUCUUUUGUCGCCCCUCGCUUCGCAGCGUUUAGCAGCCCCGGUGUCACCCGGGACCUGGCACUGCUGGCUGGCGCUGAAGAAAUUCAAGCAUCAUUGGGUUGUAGCCAUGCGCGCGGAGCGCGUGUGGCGAUGUGUAGGUGAGAGAUAGAUGGGAUAGAAGGGAGGGGGAAGGGGAAGAAGAGGAGGAAGAAGGCGUGGGCGUCUAUCGUCGUUCGGCACCGCCAGGCAGUGCUUCGCCAACGCCGCGCACCACCGACUGCGUCGGCGGUGCUCACGCACGCCCCUCCCAUCACCCCCUGGCGCGGGGCCGUCCGGCGGCGCCAGGAGCGGAAGAAAGGGGGACAAGCUCCAGAGUAAGCCCCAUCGAGUAACCCCAGCAGCUGGGCGAUCGUUCGCGCAGGACCGGGGCAACCGCAUGACUCUUCCUAUGAGCGCGCUUGGUCGUCGUCCGCGUUGCGUGCCCUUUGUCCCGUGGUGCGCGGCGGCUCGUAUCUUCGCCGGCCGCGCGGGGUCGGGGCGCGCAGCCGCGCCGUCGUCGCGCGGGGCGGAGGUCGGGCUUUGCUUACAGCAAAGCAAAACGCCGACACGUCGCGCCCCGGCGAGACUGUGCCAGGCCCGCACCUGCGCCGUAGCUUGAAGACGCGUGCUCUCCACCUGCGGAGACCUGGCGGCGCGGCCCGCGGAGCGCGAGGCUCCGGGGACUUUACCCACAGCUAGCUUGGCGGACGGGCCGCCAUUCGUGUGCUGCGAUAGCGGUUCGUG